GUCUCGCCAUAUUGAAAUGAUUUUCGGCGAUCGGAUAUUUCGGUGACCAUUUAUUUCAAUUAAGAGACAUUUCCCUGUUUUAUUCUUUGUUGCAUACGGUCGUAUUUUAAAUUUUGGAAAGGAAAUAUUGUUCCAGUAAUUGACCAAGGCAAGGUCAAGCGAUUUGUGCUUUAAAUCCCUAAGUGGGUGUGCAUGUCAAAAACUGAAAAAGCGGAAUUAUUUCUGAAAUUUGAAGAAUGCCUGUACGAAAACAAGAUGCUCAUCGAGCCUUGGAGCUCCUUGAGGACUAUCACACACGCCUCACCCGUGCCCAAGACAAGCCACUGAAAAAUGCCAUUGAGAGAGUCAUCAGAAUAUUUAAAAGCAGGCUAUUCCAGGCCCUGCUUGACAUCCAGGAGUUUUACGAGUGCACGCUCCUGGACGAUAGUAAGGAUGUGAGCCAGAAGACAUUGGAGACUCUACAAAUGGUGAACCGAUGGGAGAAGGAUCAGCCCAUACACACGUCCACACUUAAGGCAGAGAAGCCCAUCUCUGUCAAUGAGGAGGACCUCCCUCCCCCACCACCCGAGCUCACCCAGGAGGAGGUCGUAGUGGAGAAACCACAGUACCCCCAGGCUAACAACAUUUCCCCACCCUCUGUUCCCCCUCCCCAACCCCCUACCUACACUGAACCAGAGGAUCUUCCACCUCCGCCACAGGGGUCUGAUGAAGAAGACGGCUAUAUGAACGGAGAUGGUGAAUGGGAAUAUGAAGAGAUUCCACUGGAGAGGGGUACCACGGGCUUGGGCUUCAGUAUAGCUGGAGGUGGUGACAACCCGCACAUCGAGGAUGACCCAAGCAUCUACAUCACCAAGAUCAUACCCGGAGGUGCCGCUGCAGCUGAUGGGAGGUUGAGGAUGAACGACGUGAUCGUCAAAGUGAACAAUGACAACGUUGUGAACGUCACACAUUCAGAUGCCGUUGACGCGCUGAAACGGGCAGGGACCAGGGUUGUACUGUAUGUGAAGCGGUUGAAAGCUCCCAUUGAGAACAUUGUCACCAUUGACUUGUCCAAGGGAAACAAAGGCUUAGGUUUCAGCAUAGCGGGCGGAAUCGGGAACCAGCACAUUCCAGGGGAUGAUGGGAUAUUCGUUACUAAGGUGAUAGAGGGCGGGGCUGCAGAACAAGAUGGACGACUUGCCGUUGGGGACAGACUCGUGGCGGUGAAUGACGCCAACUUGGAGAACGUGACCCAUGAUGAGGCGGUGGCUGCUCUCAAGGCGACGUCAGAACAUGUGACACUGACUGUGGCCAAGCCCUCGUUCAUACCAGCCCCUCCUGAGGAGGAGCCCCCAUCCCCGCCAGGUGAGGUGAUAUACAAGCCUCGUAGCGAAGGUCGCACAUUGGAAGCAACCCCCGUCAAGUCGUACACCCCUGUAAGGGAACUGACCAAUCACCAGUCACCUUCCUCCAGACCACCACCUCACCAUGAUGAAGAUCCUACCAGAUAUUUGUAUUCAAAAGCGUUAGUGAAAAGACAAGAACUUCUAAGGCCUGAUGAAAUACGGAAAGAUAUGCCCAACCAAGAGUUACCAAAUAAUAUCCAUGAAGAUGAUGAUGAUGAUUUUCCAACAGAGCCCCGUAAGGUGAUAUUGAAGAAGGGCUACACAGGGCUCGGGUUCAACAUCGUGGGUGGAGAGGAUGGCGAAGGCAUAUUUGUCUCGUUCAUCCUGGCUGGCGGGCCAGCCGAUCUCUGCGGGGAGAUUAGACGGGGUGACCAGAUACUCUCGGUGAACAAUUCGGACCUGCGUCGAGCGACACAUGAGGAGGCAGCAGAAGUCCUGAAAGGUGCGGGCGACACAGUGGAACUCGUCUGUCAAUACCGGCCUGAAGAAUACAACAGGUUCGAGGCCAAGAUCCAGGACUUGCGAGAACAGAUGAUGAACACAAGUACAGGCAGCCUUCAGACCACAAGAAAACGAACACUCUUUGUCAGAGCGUUGUUUGACUAUGACCCCAGUAAAGACAGCGGGUUGCCCAGUAAAGGCCUGGCAUUCCUGUAUGGUGACAUUCUCCACGUAGUGAACGCCAGCGACGAUGAGUGGUGGCAGGCCAAGAGAAUUCUCCCCACUGGUGAUGAGGAGGGCAUUGGUAUCAUUCCUAGCAAGAAAAGAGUGGAAAGGAAGGAGCGGGCGAGAACGAAAGCUGUCAAGUUCACGGGGAAGAGCAAUGUAGAUAAAAAUAAUGUACAAUUAAAUGACCGAGGGAAGAAGAAGAAUUUUUCGUUUUCCCGUCGAUUUCCCUUUAUGAAGAGUAAGGACCAAAGUGGAAGUGAAGAUAUAAGCUGUGAUGAACGUGCAGAUAGUGAAAAUAGCUUCAGAGGGGACGAGCCUAUCUUAUCAUAUGAGGCUGUCGUGCAGCAGGAAUUGAAGUACACGCGUCCUGUGAUCAUCCUGGGUCCCCUGAAGGACCGCAUCAAUGACGACUUGAUAUCCGAGUUUCCGGAAAAGUUUGGCAGCUGUGUUCCUCAUACAACCCGGGAAAACCGAGACCAUGAGGUAGAUGGACGGGAUUAUCACUUUGUGGCGUCACGGGAACAAAUGGAGCGUGACAUUCAGAAUCAUCUAUUUAUAGAAGCGGGACAAUAUAAUGAAAAUUUGUAUGGUACAAGUGUGGCUUCUGUAAAAGAGGUAGCAGAAAAGGGUAAGCACUGCAUCCUAGAUGUGAGUGGUAACGCGAUCAAGCGCCUCCAGGUGGCCAACCUCUAUCCCAUCGCCAUCCUGGUGAAGCCUAAAACCAUCGACUCCAUCAUGGAGAUGAACAAGCGUAUAACUGAAGAGCAGGCGAGACUCACAUAUGAUCGUACAGCCAAGCUGGAGCAGGAGUUUGGAGAGUAUUUCACAGCGGUUGUCCAGGGUGAUACAGCGAAUGAAAUCUAUGCAAAGGUGAAGGAGGUCAUAAGGGACCAAUCAGGGCCCACUAUUUGGGUCCCAGCUAAGGACAAGUUAUAGACUUUCUCUCUGAGAAAUGGGAACCAGUAAACAGGAAGUGUGAUCUAGUGAUCUAUAAAUAGUAGCAACAUAAUUGCUAAUUUUAGAAACAGAAUGGAAAGAAUGCUGUAUUUAGCAGAAAGUACAUGUCAAGUCAGUAACAGAGUUAUAAAAAGGGACUGAUUGUACGAAAAAAGACUACAGUAGGAUGAAAAUGAUGUGUUCCUGCAGUUGAUCAACCAAGAAUGCGUCCAAGUGUUCAAAUAUGUACCUCUUCAAUAGGAGACUAUGUCUGUUCUAUCCAAGUUGUUCUGCUCAUUUUUCAUUUUAAGAGAAAUAAUAAUACAUGUAUGGAAAUGAGAACAUGUAGAAAAAUAAGCUCAUGUGGAAAAAUGUAGUGUAAUCAAACCGUCUAGAUUAUGCAGAAAGAAUAAUAUACUAGUAAAAGAGGUAAGUAUGAAAAAAGAGGGAAUUAGGCGUUAAAUUGUGAAGUGGUUGCGUAUUACUUUGUACAUCUGUAUGUGGUUGCAUUUAUGUUAAAGAAGAAUUUUAAAGUCUUCCUUGAUGCAAGUAUAUUUGAAGGAAGGUUUAAAUGAGAAAUGUAGUGAAAACAAUUAUUAUACAAGUGUAAUUGUAACAAAAUAUGUUGGUUGUGUAUAAAAUUGAUCUAUGGUUUUUAAAUUGAUCCAUAUGGAUCGUAAUACUUGUACGACUUUAAUGUUUUCAAAAUUUGAUAAAACCCAAGUGUUGUGAAUAAUCUUAUCACAUGUAAAUAAAAACACAUUUUAUUUCGAUUCCUUGUCAUUUAUAUGUAUAUGUAUCAAUAAACAGCAUCCAUUUAUAAGAAAACCCUAUACUAAAGAAUGUACGACCAAUAUGCUCUAGACCUACGUUAUAGCUGCCUAGGUAGGAGUGUGUUUAUUGUUAACGAAGUGCUGUAGAGGAUGAAGGCCAUUUUUGUCAUAUUUCCAGAGUUCUCUCUGCUUAAUUCUUGACAGAGGGAGAAGCUUGUUUUGGAAAUUGCUAAGUGUAAGGCUUAUCAGUAAAAAAUGAUGCCUUGAGAGUUUAACUUGUAUUUACUCUUACUAUCAGAAGGGUAUAACAGGUUUUCAAAUAAAAAUAAAAAUAAUUUAAGCAUUUAUGUUUAUUCUUGUGGGACCCCUAAGGUUCCUUGGUUUUGCCUUAUUAUUAAAGGCAUUUACAAUUUUCAUGACACAAAUUCAAUUGACAUGACGCCAAAUUACCUUUAUAUAAAUAUUCAAACCAGUAAAACCAAUAGAGAGAUUUAUUAGUGAGAUCAUAACUCGAGACAAAAACAUGCACAUGGACUCAAUAUUUUCUUUUUUUGAACAAAGUAUUUAAUUAUUGAUGGUUGUUAUCCGACAUAGGCAUCGUAUCAAUUUCUCCUGUAUGCUAUGUAUUAAUCCCUCUGAUGGCUGUACUUUGGCUUGCCGACAUUUUAAAUGUACAGGAUGAAAGCGGUUCAUAUAUUGUUCACAUCAUAUCAAAUACAUGUGUAUAUAAAGACUGUGGUGUACAUAUUAUGACUUUUUAUCAUAUUGUUAUUUAGUAAUUUUUAUGAAUUUUCUUUAAACACACUUGUGCAAUGUUAAUUUUGCUUUAUCAUCACAUAUUCACUGUUCAAUUCAUGAGCUGUACAUGUUUUUUCAUCAUAAAUAGAAAGCAAGUUUUAUAAUAUGUUGUACGCUUUGUUAUUGCCGAAAUGUGAAUUUAAACUGCGUCCUUUUCCAUUCACUUUCCACUCUCAUUCCCGAGGUUCAAUCUCAUUAAAAAGCCAAAUAAGUUUUCCUCAAAAAUAUUUGAAAAUUAGUAAAACAAUUACCAGGCAUGAAUCAUGGCCCUGCACUUCUAAUUCCAGUGCCAUAAUUGAUAUGUUAUACACAAAUAAUGUAUGGUUUCGAUUUGUUUGCAAAUAUCAUUCUAAGAUUUUUUUGUUGCAUCUAAUGUCAGCUGCUUUUGCUCCAAAGUUGUGGGUCAUCUUUUGAUAAAUAGAAAGUAUUUUGUAAGUGGUUAUUCAGUAGGGAAAUGAUUAAACUUUGUAAGUGGUUAUUCAGUAGGGAAAUGAUUAAACAAGUUUGAUAAAUUUCGUACUGAAUGACCAGGAAUGUGAUAUUCCAUUUAUAUCAUAAAUACUAAUUUGAUGAUCAUUUAACACUACAGGGCUAAAUACAUAAAACAUCAAAAACAUUACUAUGACACGUGCACAUCACUUCAAAAGUUAUUACACUAGUUUUAUAUAAGAAAUAUAUAAUGACAUUUGUUCAUGAAGGCAACAUCAUUUAUCACAUAAUAUUAUUUUGAUUAUGGCUGUAUAACUUUAUUUAUUAAUGGCUGUUACAGAACUUAUCACAAAAAUCUAAUUUUAUUUAUACUCCUGGUAAGAUGAGAAAUGUAUAAAACUUGAAUUGUUUACAAUUGAAAAAAAAAAGUACAAAUGUUGAAAAUUCACUUAAAUAUUUUGAUUGUUUUUACAUGUUGCAUUUGCCCAGAUGUAUACACAUAAUUGACUUCACAGGAUACUAUUGAUUUGAAAGACAAGUUAAACAUGUUAUGCUUGUGGAAGAAAUCAGAUAUUAAAAGAUUGCACAAAUGUGGAACUACUUUUAUUCAGUAUGCAGUAGUUGAAAUUAACACAGGCCAGCAGCCCCUGCACUGGUUGGUUUAAGUUAGGAUAUAAGUUUGAUAUAGCAGGGCUUGCUAUAUUUUUUCAGCCAAAUAGUUACUUUAAAAUCAAGGCUUCUUUAUCCAAAACCCUUAUAUAUCAAGUUUUGUAUGAACACCUGAUCGGAUCAUCAUUGUCAUGUAAAAGAUGUUCCUAAAAAAUUACUUCAAUGUUUUUAGUGCAAACACUUCGAGAUGUAGAAGGAAGUGCACUUGGUCUUGAUAUUGUGUGUGCCAUACCGUGUCAUCAUGAUAUUGUGUGUGUCAUACCGUGUCAUCAUGAUAUUGUGUGUGAUCAUGAUAUUGUGUCUGUCAUACCAUGUCAUCAUGAUAUCGUGUCUGUCAUACCGUGUCAUCAUGAUAUUGUGUCUGUCAUACCGUGUCAUCAUGAUACUGUGUCUGUCAUACCGUGUCACUGUGUAUGACAUACCUUGCCAUCAUGAUAUUGUGUGUAUCAUACCGUGUCAUCAUGAUACUGUGUAUGUCAUACAGUGUCAUCAUGAUACUGUGUGUAUCAUACCGUGUCAUCAUGAUACUGUGUGUGGUGUCAUCAUGAUACUGUGUGUGUCAUACCGUGUCAUCAUGAUACUGUGUAUGUGUGUCAUACCUUGUCAUCAUGAUACUGUGUGUAUCAUACCGUGUCAUCAUGAUAUUGUGUGUGGUGUCAAACUGUGUCAUCAUGAUAUUGUAUGUGUCAAACCGUGUCAUCAUGAUAGUGCGUGUAUCAUACUGUGUCAUCAUUAUACUGUGUGUGUCAUACCGUGUCAUCAUGAUAAUGUGUGUAUCAUACCGUGUCAUCAUGAUACUGUGUGUGGUGUCAAACUGUGUCAUCAUGAUAUUGUGUGUGUCAUCAUGAUAUCGUGUCUGUCAUACCAUGUCAUCUUGAUAUUGUGCGUGUCAUACCGUGUCAUCAUGAUAUUGUGUAUGUCAUACCGUGUCAAAUGAUGAAUGCUUGUUUCUGUCACAUUAUUCUUCAUUAUUGAUUUGUUAAUUUAACAUUUUGUAUCAUUAUGAUCCUGUAGAACAUGCAUAGAUAACUGAAUAAAUCUUUUUUAAUAAUC